CGGUGCGGGCCACUCGCUGCCGCCUCGGUCUCUCGCAACAGCAGGAGCCGCGCCAUCCGCGCCGCUGCCGGGACUCCCUCCCCUGGCAGAGACGGGGAGAAUGACGGAGCUCCAGUCAGCCUUGCUAUUGCGGAGACAGCUAGCAGAGCUCAACAAAAAUCCAGUGGAAGGCUUUUCAGCGGGCUUAAUAGAUGACAAUGAUCUUUAUCGAUGGGAAGUCCUUAUUAUUGGUCCUCCAGAUACACUCUAUGAAGGUGGAGUGUUCAAGGCUCAUCUUACUUUUCCAAAAGACUACCCACUGAGGCCUCCAAAAAUGAAAUUCAUCACAGAAAUCUGGCACCCAAACGUUGACAAGAAUGGUGAUGUCUGCAUUUCAAUUCUUCAUGAGCCUGGAGAAGACAAAUAUGGCUAUGAGAAACCUGAGGAACGCUGGCUGCCCAUUCACACAGUUGAAACUAUCAUGAUUAGUGUCAUCUCCAUGCUGGCAGAUCCCAAUGGUGACUCUCCUGCUAAUGUGGAUGCAGCAAAAGAAUGGAGAGAAGACAGAAAUGGAGAAUUUAAAAGAAAAGUUGCCCGCUGUGUAAGAAAAAGCCAAGAAACCGCUUUUGAGUGACACUUAUUCAGCAGCUAGUAGCUUCACUUUUUUCAGGGUCUCCAAUUGAGAAAUAUGGCACUGUUUGUUUUUUUCCUGCACUCUACCCACCUAUUGCUGGACUCCUGUUGUUACAAGUUGGCAAACACUGGCUGGAACUGGGCUGCAAUAAAACAUGCCAGUUAUCAAUGCUGACAAGAGCCUAACAAGUGCCAACACAAGAUGAUUACACAUUUUGAAAUCUAAUAAACUGCUUUAACCUUCAGGAAGAAUUGUAAAGAUGUGUACAUAGCACAACAUGAUCUGGAUAAUAUAUUUACUGUCCAUGUACAUCCACACAUCAAACUGAUGCUGUCUGUAGGUAGGAAUAGAAUAAUGUACAUUGGAAAGAUUUUUAGCAGGUUUUUCUCUCCCCUCUUCACUGUUUCCUAGGAGUUUAAAAAAAAAAAGGCAACCGCCUGACACACCUACUUGUGAAGCAUGUUAAACUAAAACCAAUUAGAAAGCUUUGGGGGGUUGUUUUGCCUUUUUUCUUCUUUCCUACCCCUUUUAAUUUUCCGUUGACCCAUGGAGGCUUCAUUAAAAUCUCUUGCUUAUGGAAGUUCUGUAUCUUUUUUUGAGAGGGUUGGGAAUGUGCUCUGUUUUGCUUCCCUCAGCAGACCUGAAAUGCUCCCCAGUUAAACCCUGACAGGAUUUGCUAUGAAUUACUUGUCUCUUCUUUUCUGAUCACCUCCAUAGUCUCAAAGGUGCUUUUUCACUUCCCCACCCUUUUUAAAACCCAGUUGCACAGAUGUCUUGAAUUGGAUAUAGCAAUAAACCUGGUCAUGGAGCACUCUUGAGCAGCCAGCUGGAUUUUUAACUUCCAAGGGCUUUGAGUGCUUUCAUUUGGAAGUUGAGUUGACUAAGUUAGUCCAAGAUAGAAAUGAGCUGCUUUUUAUGGGUGGAUUUUAAUUGGGUUUGCCUUUUUCUUUACCUGUUUGUGGGAUGGGGUGUGUGUUGGGGGAGGCUUGGCUUUAUUUCUCAAGGUUGACUUCAAGCAUGCACAGUUGUAAGCUUUCAGCAACUUCUGGGUUUGGUAUCAAAAAUAGUUUCUCUCCUUUUUCCCUUCCCUUUUUUCUGUGGCCCUUCAUCUUUGCCUUCUACUUCAAAAUAUUCUUCUCCUAAUGUACAAAAAAAAUGGUGAUGUAUAUUUUCAUGUAAUUUGAUUUUUUUUUUAAUUCUGUCACCUUCUGUAGUGAGAUCUUCCAAAAUAUAAUUUUUUCCAAUAACAA